UCUCUCUGAAACAACACAUAUCAGAUAUGAGGUUUUAGACAACAGGUCCUGUGUGUGUGUUAAUGCGCACACAAUCGUCGUUCACAGUCAGUGAUAGUUACUGUAUCGUGACUUCGGAUGCAUCACGCGCAUCUGCUUCGUGUUUCUCGCCUCUAUCAACAAGUGCGCGCGCAGUUUGAACUGACGUGGAGGAGAGAUGCAGAGGGCGGCCCCAGGGUCCUUCGACGCCGAUACCCUUUAUCAGAAUGAACAGUUUCCUCAUCCUCCAGUGUCGUCUUUUGGCUCAAGCGUGAAAUUGGCCAGCCCAGCCAAGAGAAUUACCUUCUACAAGAGUGGCGACGCUCAGUUCAAAGGGGUCAAGAUGGCCAUCCAUAAACGCAGCUUCAAAUGCUUUGAUGCCUUAUUGGAUGACCUUUCCCAAAAGGUUCCUCUGCCUUUUGGUGUGCGUACUAUCACGACCCCCAGGGGCACCCACAGCAUUAAACAUUUAGAGCAGUUUGAGGACGGAGGCUGUUACUUGUGCUCUGACCGCCGCUACGUCAAGCCAAUCAACAUAGAAGCUGCAGGGAAAAGGCCCGCAGUCUGGCACCACCACAGCCACCCACAUAAUACUCGCCGGAAGCCCUCCCGACCUGAGGAACCCCCCUCGGGACAUCAGCAGCACCAUCGGCACCCCAAAAGGAUUGUUCUAGUGAAAAACAAUGACCCUGCUAUUAGGCGAUCCAUCAUUCUGAGCAGACGAACUGCUCGAAGUCUUCGCGUCUUCAUGGACGAGAUUUCAGAGCUAAUGCAGUGUCACGUCAAGAAACUUUAUACUCUGGAGGGACGCAAGAUUGACAGUAUUCAGAGUCUGAUGCAGUGUCCUAGUGUGCUGGUCUGUGUGGGUCGAGAACCCUUCAGACCGUUGCUUAUGGAAAGCUUGAAGAAGCUCUCAGAUGAAAAGCUUCCAGGAAUGCGCACAAGGUCUCACUCUAGUAUCUGCAGUGAAGGUCAUGAAAGCAAAAAGAAUGUUAACUUUGGCCUGGAGACAAAGAAAAGCAUUAUCCAUCCAAGAUCCGACUCCAGUAAUAGAUCUACAAGAUUCUCUCUUUCUUCAGAAAAGUCCUAUCAGAAUGGAGUAUGCAUGACACCAGGACAGUCCGGCUGUGUCAGCACCUGUCCUUACGUUAAAGAAGCCAUAGUGAAUGAUGACAUUGAGAAGAGAGUGCUUGUUAACAAAGACGGCAGCCUUUCUGUGGAGAUGAAGGUUCGCUUUCGGCUUUUCAAUGAUGAGACUCUCCAGUGGUCUACUGAGAUCAAGAAGUCAUCAAAAAAAGUGAAUGACUCUGGCUUUGUAAAAGACGGCGAUUAUCUUCAAGCUAAAGCUGAGUAUUCAGACCCAGAUUCCCUCUCUGCAUCUGAGGAGACUGAUGAAGCCUUUGCAACAAAGCUGCAUCAGAAGCAUCUCGAGGAGUCACUUUGUCAGAACUGUUGCAACCACUGCCAAGAGUACGACAUCUGGAAAAACCCCAUCCACAAAGACCCGGGGGCCUGCAAAUCACCCAGUUCCAGUGGAUCAACUCACAGAGUUGUAAGCAAAAAGUCAUCGGUGGAUAGUAUGCACACAAUUUCUCGCUCCAGUGGGGAAUACACUGAGCAUGUGGUGGAAAAGGCCUCGUGCUUUCAGCAGACAAUGGAGGAAGGGGACACCAGAGUAGAAUACUGUGCUGUAAGUCAUUGCUGCAAUCGAAGUGAAGUAUCAUCUGCUGGAAUCACGUCAAAGAGCAAGAGAUCUUGUGAGGACAGCUGUGAGAGUCACAUUAAAAGUAGAUGUUCUCAUACAGAACCUGAAAUCUCUUCUACGCCACAUUGUGCGGUCAUUAAAGUCAUGGAAGAGCGUCCGAUUACUGCAGUCAGCAAUUCGUCCAAAGUGCUUGAGUCUUUGAAGGAAGAUCAGGAUGAUGAUUAUGAUGAGCUGCCUCCAAGCAUCUCAAGAGUAUCACACUGGUCUCAAAGUGACCAUCUUGAGAGUGAUGAUCAACCCAAUUGUGUUCAUUGUUGUGGCUGCCAGACUUUACCAAGAUCUUAUUUGUCCCCCAGACCUCCCAGUAAAGAAUCAAGCAGUGUUGUUCACUCACUGAAGCUCAAAAAGUAUAAAACCACUUUUGCAGCACCAGUAGAGCAAGACGGGAUGAGUACAACAUCUCCAGUUUCAAAAGUGUCCUCCAGAUCCCAUCCAAGUCACUGUGGAGCCAUAACCCCAAGUUCAGUUUCAUCUGCUGGGCAGCACAGGCCUGAGGGGAGGGCUUGUAGUACAAUUUCUAGACAUAGCCAAGCAUCUUGUAAAUCUAGAGACAAAACAAACAACCCUGAAUCCAAUGCAUCAGAUGCUCUGGAGGGUGAUAAAUCAGAAAGUGCUGCUACUCAAAAUCAUACUACGUCAGAUAAUCAUUGUGAACAAGACACAGAGUUUCUUCCAGAAGUGAGAUCAACUAGUGCCAUGUCUAACAAAUCAGACCGAUCUUCUGAACAUCCAUCACAUACAUCAGAGCAAACAACUAGGUCUGUCAAAUCUUGUUGCGACUUACAAGACAAAGCCUCUCCGAAGUCCAUCAGUUUUGAUGUUCAGUGUGAGCCGGAAACUGAAGUAACCACAGAGGAAAGACUAAGCAGUUCACUGUCCAAAUGCUCAAAAACGUCUGUAAAGUCAAAUGCAUCCUCAAAGCAUUCACACACAGAGUCUAAAUCUAAGGAAAGAGUUAACAGUGCAAUGUCUUGUAGGUCCUGCAAAUCAAACCACAACUUUUCCGAAAACACAGUUACCUCAGUACCACAUUAUGUAACACCUGAUGAAUGUGCAGAUCCAAAAAGUGAGUCAGAGAGAGCAGCCAGCACAAUGUCUCAGACCUCAGAAAAGUCUAAUGCCUGCUCUGAAAGAUCCGUCAAGUCUGGUGCAAAGAGCCCUGCCUUCCAGGAAGUGGAUAAUGGCAAAAGCAUGACACAAAAUGCCUUAACUGUGACCACUCCAUUGCCUAGGACAAAGAGGUCUCCAUCUCCUAGAUCAAACCAUGACACUAAAAUUAAGACUAAUAGCCGAGCAACAAGUAGGAUGUCAGUAAGCUCUAAUGUAUCCUCGCAAUCCCAAAGAUCCAGUAAAUGUAAUUGUCACAGCUCCUCAAGUGGUAAUUUGAGAGAGACAAAUCCUGAGAAACAAAAAGAGGAUGCCAAAGAUGAAUCUGAAGAGAGCUUGUCAGGAAAAUCAAAACUGUCAGCUAAAUCUCUUAUCAAUAACAUUAAGUCUUCAGGCAACCAGUUUGAUGAGCCUCUAAGCCCAACAUCAACAGCGUCUGUUUCUAUCGGACUAGGAGAAGAGCACAAGGGUGAUGACUUUGAUGAACGAUCAAUCAGUGGCAUGUCUGCCACCACAGAGGACGGUGGACAUAAGAUAGAGAAUGUAAAUGGAGUGGAUGCUGAGGAAAGGCCAAAUACAGAAGUGUCUGUGAAUUCUGCAAUUUCAGACAGACCCAAAAAGUCCCAUCACAUGAACUACAAGACUCCUGUUCAAGCCCUCUCGCCUGUCUCAGCUGAAAGUAUUAUGUCUGCAGAACUGAAGAAAAGCAAAUCUGGAAGCCAGUUAAAUGAAAACAACAUCAGAGUGCCCUCCACUUUGUCAUUGUCAUCUUUACAAAGUAAAACACCCUCCAGAGUUUCACAGGGAAGUUCUAAAAAUACAGUUAUGAAAGGAAGAGAUUGUGAAGCUCUCAACAACACCAACCAUGCAGAAAUGACUAAAACAUCCUCAAAACAUGACCAAAGUGAAACAGCAUCUGGAAAAGCUACACCAGCAAGUGACUGUUUACAUUCUUCAAUAGCCUCUGAACGUUCAAUGAAGUCCAAAAAUGGCCAAAGUACUAGAGAGAAUGAUAAAAGAUCUAAAGGUUCUUCCCAAUGUUUGGAAAUAAAUGGACUGAAUAUAAAAUAUAACUGUGAUAAUGAUAGGGGCAUGGUUAAGUGUCUUAAAUCCUCCUCAUCAGAAAGAAGAUCUGUGAAAAAUGAUACAUCCAGGGCAAAUUCUGCAGUAAUGUCUGAUAUUUCCCAAAAUUGUAGAAGUCUACCACAAGAGAUGCCAAACAAGAAAAAAACAUCAGUCAAGCAUCCUGAUUCCUCAAGCAACAGUGUUUUAUCUCAGGCACUUUCAGCAGCAGAUUUGUUGAGAGAAAUUAUUGGUAAUGCAAGACCAGUGAGUAGAGGAUCAAAGUCAGUUGCCUCCAGCAAAAAUGUUGACAAGGUAGAAAAUAAAAGCCAAAAAAGCAGCAGGAGCAAGCACGAGGAAGUCAGCGUCUCAUUGGAGUGCAACAACAAGGAACUGAUGCCGUCAUUCUUACCGAACGCUUCCCCUACAGAAGUUGUGAAUGACUGGCUUAGGAAGAUUCCCAUUGAAGGACAUGUUUAUGAAAUGGAUGUCGAACUCACUGAAUAUAUGAACCUGGCUCAAGGUGAUGAGGACACUUCUCAAACGGAAAAAAAAAAUGCACCAGAAAGCAUAAUUGAAGUUGAGGAACCUCAGGAGGAUCAAGCAGGUGAGAAUUAUAUUCAGCAGGAGACCAACGACAGUUGCUGUGAAAAGGCACAAUUGGAAACUUAUGAAAUGUUUCCCGACCCUGAAGCAUUAACCAAACAAGACUGUUUACAAAAGCAGUGCCAUUCUUCGGUUCAGGUCAUGAAGGUUUUACUAGGUCCAAAACUAGACAGAUCCAGUAGUUUACCUGAAGUCUCCCCUGCUUAUGGCAGAAAAUUAAGCCAGUCUGCUCAAGGGCUGUUGGACUGCCUUGCAAAUUUACGAUUGAUUGACUCAGACUCUAAAAACGAAAAGCAACGUAAAUAUAAUGAAAUCAUGAUGAUCCUACAGUCGCUCUGGCUCCAAAAGCCCUCUGAGGAUGAACAGAAAAAGCAGAACAAAAAGGAGCAUCACUUCGCCGAGGAUGAAUUUAACCCACGGUCUUCAUCUGGGGUUGAUGUUAGCAGCGGCUCCACCGGCUCUGUUAAAGGUAGCAUGAAUGGCAUAGUAGGAAAAAUAGAGACCACUCAUGGCACAAUACCACCAAUUGCCGAACAAGAGGCAUCAGUGGAAAAUAAAGGUGAAGAAGAAAAUGAGGAAAAGUCUACAGCUCCUGCAUGUGAAUGUUUAGAUCCAUCCAAAGUUCUCUCGGAUCCAGUAACUCCAGACAUUGCAGAGCGAGUACAGGGGAGUCCAGUAAAUACACAACUGGAUGAUGACAAAGAAAAUGGCAUAUUACACGAAGAAGAUGUUGAAAGCAGUGAUAAUAAGAAAGAAUCAGAUCAAACACCACAAACAAGCUCUGGGAAUGAGAGUAACACAAUGAAAUCUCAAGAAAAUACAAGCUCAGGAAGUCAACCGUCUGUUCAGAGAGCUCCGCUUAUUAAAAGAGUUUCACAGGACCCAGAUCCUGUUUGGGUACUGAACUUAUUAAAAAAGCUAGAAAAGCAGUUCAUGUUACAUUAUGCAGAUGCCAUGGCAGAGUUCAAAGUGAGGUGGGAUUUGGAUGACAACGAGAUGCUCGAUACAAUGAUCAGCGAACUGAAAGAGGAAGUACACAAACGGAUUCAAUCGAGUAUUCACAGAGAAUUGCAAAAAAUCCAAAGUCGGGCAGGUAGGUGUCCGAGACCUCCGGGAAAUACUCUAUCGAGAGAGUCUACGGUCCAGACUGAGCAGCGACGCAAGCGUCUUCGGGUCAUGCGCAAUAAGUCCAUCACCAUGUCAAGGGAUGAGGAAAAUUACACUGCAUCUGGUACUGAAUACAGUGAUCAACGCAGUGACGAUGAAUACUGUCCAUGCGAUGCAUGCAUGAAAAAGAAAAUGGCGUCAAGGGCAGUCCAGCAAGCUCAGGCUUUGAGUUUGGCUCCAGUUAUGAUGGAAUUUGAUCUACGGAAAAUUUUACAAAUGAAAAAGGAUCCAGUCAAACCUUUUGAAUUGAAGCUGGAAGAACAACGCACGACCAACUUGACUGAAGAAAACAACUUAGAAGUGGUUCAUGAAGAGGUAGAAGAUACGAAUGAUGAUACCAGAGGCCAUGAUGUUGAGACGGCAGAUCAAGAAGAGCCAGAUGGCGCUCUCAAUGCAGUAGAUGGUGAAAACAUAAACAACAUAAAAUAUGUAUCUUUAGACUCUGAGAAAAGAGAUCAAAUUGAAGAGGAAACAAAUGACAAAAGAGAGUCUGGUGAUGUGGAAGGUGGUGAAGAUGAGGAGGAGAAAGAAGGUGAGCAUGCGAAAGAAGUGGUAAAUGGUGACACUGAGGGGAAAGAGGAAGUAGAGUUUGUUGAGGAAGAGACUGAAAAAGGAGAUACAGAAGAGGAUGGUGAUGAGAAAAACAGUCUUAAAGGAGAUGCAGCAAAUUCAGAAAACAGUGAUGUGGAUGCGGAGGGGGAAAAAGAGAAUGAGAUGACAGAAACUGGUGAGGAAACGGAAUCAGGUGACAACGGAGCAGAAACUGAGACUGGGGAAGAGAGUACAGAAGACAAGUCUGCAGAAGAUGGUAGUGAAUCAAAUAAAGAUAAUACUACUGAAGGUGAAAAGUCAGAUGAGACACCAAAUGAAGAGUCUGCCAGUGAGAAGAAUGCUGAUGGAAGCCAAGAUGGAACUGCAAAGGACGAUGCCGAGGAAGAUGGGACAUCAAACACAGGACAGGACGAGGACCAGCCUGAGGAAAAAGCCAAUGUGCCAAAGGUAAAGAUCGAGGUUGAGGUCGAAGGAGACGCAGAAAAUGAAAUGGACAAAUGUAGCUCUGUUGAGGAAGAUUUGAAAAAUGAUGAUCAAUCUGAUGAAACUGUUGCUGUUAUCUGUGAGAGCACACUAGCAAAACAGGUAACGAGAACGUCAAUGGAAUCUCAACCAGGAUCCGUGGAGAACUGCACAAAUCAGACAGCGCAAGCUAAACUGAAAGAUCUUCAGAGUUUCAUGGAGAGUGUUGACAGUCAAGGAGACAACAUGGUUGUGAUUACUAAACAACCACCAUACAAAGAGUCACAUGGACCAGGAAACCUAAAGGACAUAUGCAAUGGCUUGACUGAAUGGCAAGUGUCCCCUAAAAUAAGCAACAGGGCCAAUAAACAAAAAAAUACGAAGGAUUGACAAUGAUGUUAUGGUGAACAAUAAAGAAUUUUAAUAUUUCAUUUGAUAAAUCCUCAAAUAAAGCACUUUAUUUUUGAUUGCUAAUGUUCCUUUAGAUGGGACUUUAAUAUUUAAGAUGAUUAAUCUGUCUUCAAAGACAUCUAAACAUCUAAAGAGAAACUUUGAAGAGAUUUCAAUUCUAUUUAUUGUACAAUACCGUAUAUUUCCAUGUAGUCAAGGUAUUUUAUUGACUUCUAUUUAACCUAUGGAAUCAUAUACACAGGCAGUGAAAUACUUUAUAAACAUAGUCUUACAGUCACAGAACAUUAUACUGAUACAUUUUGAAUUCUCAGGGUGCUUAAUGUUAAAAGUAUUAUUAUUUACAUGCAUUG